AUGGCCGAGCGCGAGCAAAAAAAGACGAUAGUGGUCGUGGGCGGGGGUAUCAUCGGCUGCACAACCACGUAUUUCCUGACCCGCCAUCCGAAAUACAAUCCCGCAUUACACUCGAUCUAUCUCCUUGAGGCUACGGGCAUUGCUAGUGGUGCGUCAGGGAAAGCCGGUGGCUUGCUGGCCCUGUGGGCUUAUCCCUCGUGCCUGGUGCCGCUCAGUUUCAGACUGCAUUCCGAACUCGCCAAGGAACACGGGGGUGAUCACCGAUGGGGAUAUAGGGGCGUGGGCGUUGGGCAGAUCGAUCUGAAGGGCCGCCAUGUCAGUGACCAGGAAAAGGUGAUGGCCCGCCAGGGCGCUGUGGAUGGCGAAGUGCAAGGAAACGGCGCGGGCGAGAAGGAGGAUAUCAGGGGAAUUCACCGGCCGGAUGUCGCCAGCGAUGGCAACGUCGAUCCUACCCGCGUCAGUCUCCAGAAACGAAGCAAAGAAUCGUACGACAGCCUCCGCAGCAUGGGACUCCCGGACGAUCUGGACUGGGUGGCGGAAGAGUGCGUCAACGCAUACGACUCGAUGGGCUCUCCGAGCGACACGGCGCAGGUCCAUCCCUAUCACUUCACCACCUCCAUGGCGAAACUUGCCGAGGAAAAGGGCGCCCGCGUCGUCUUGGGCAGCGUCGACGAGAUCGCGUCUCGAGAAGGAGGCGAGCACGCGGUAAAAUACACGGACAGUUCGACCAAGGAAGGGAAAUGCCUCUACGCGGACCAUGUCAUCAUCACUGCCGGGCCGUGGACGAAGAAUGUCUGGCCCAGAUCUCCCAUCGGCGCCUUGCGCGCUCACAGCGUGACCAUCCGCCCUUCGAGGCCGGUCAGCGCAUACUGCCUCUUCACGUCGAUCUCGCUGCCCAAGAACUUUAAGGAGGGCACAAAGUCGCGGGCACGCCACGUCACGCCGGAGAUCUACGCCCGGCCGAACAAUGAGGUAUACGCGUGCGGCGAGGGUGACCACCUCGUGCCCUUGCCCAAGUCUACAGCCGAUGUCCAGGUCGACGACAGCCGCUGCCAGGACAUUGCCGACUAUUGCGCGAGUGUCUCGGAUGAGCUGCGUGAUGGCACCGUGCUGGUCCGCCAGGCGUGCUAUCUGCCGCAGGUUGAGACGGGUGGGGGACCCCUGGUCGGCCCCACGGGCGUCAAGGGCAUCUACAUGGCUGCAGGACACACUUGUUGGGGGAUACAGAACGGGCCUGGCACGGGCAAGUUGAUGAGCGAGUUCGUGUUUGAUGGCGAGGCGGUUAGCGCCAACGUGAGCAGUCUGGAUCCCAGGAGGGUAUUGAGAUGA